CCGGGCCCCCUGAGUGGCGGCUCGCUGAGGCGGCGGCGGCUCUGGCUCCUCAGGGCGUGGUGGCCUCCGAGGUGAUGCUGUUCAAGCUCUUACAGAGACAGACCUAUACCUGCCUGUCCCACAGGUAUGGGCUCUACGUCUGUUUCGUGGGCGUCGUUGUCACCAUCGUCUCUGCCUUCCAGUUCGGAGAGGUGGUACUGGAGUGGAGUCGAGAUCAAUAUCAUGUUUUGUUUGAUUCCUAUAGAGACAACAUUGCUGGAAAAUCCUUUCAGAACCGGCUCUGUUUGCCCAUGCCGAUCGAUGUGGUCUACACCUGGGUGAAUGGUACAGAUCUUGAGCUGCUGAAGGAACUACAGCAGGUCAGAGAACAGAUGGAGGAGGAGCAGAAAGCAAUGAGAGAAAUCCUUGGAAAGAAUGCAACGGAACCAACAAAGAAAAGCGAGAAGCAGUUAGAAUGUUUGCUGACCCACUGCAUUAAGGUGCCAAUGCUUGUGUUGGACCCCGCCCUGCCGGCAAACAUCACCCUGAAGGACCUGCCAUCUCUUUAUCCUUCUUUUCAUCCUGCCAGUGACAUAUUCAAUGUUGCGAAACCAAAAAACCCUUCUACUAAUGUCUCAGUUGUUGUUUUCGACAGUACUAAGGAUGUUGAAGAUGCUCACACUGGAGUAUUUAAAGGAAAUAGCAAACAGACAAUUUGGAGGGGCUACUUGACAACAGAUAAGGAAGUCCCUGGUUUGGUGUUAAUGCAGGAUUUGGCUUUCCUGAGUGGAUUUCCCCCAACGUUCAAGGAGACAAGUCAACUAAAAACAAAAUUGCCAGAGAAUCUUUCUUCUAAAAUUAAGCUGUUGCAGUUGUAUUCAGAGGCCAGUGUGGCGCUUCUCAAGUUGAAUAACCCCAGGGAUUUCCAAGAACUUAAUAAGCAAACUAAGAAGAACAUGACCAUUGAGGGAAAAGAACUGACCAUAAGUCCUGCAUACUUGCUGUGGGAUCUGAGCGCCAUCAGCCAGUCUAAACAAGAUGAAGACAUUUCAGCCAGCCGAUUCGAAGAUAAUGAAGAGCUGAGAUACUCACUGCGCUCCAUCGAGAGGCAUGCCCCAUGGGUUCGGAAUAUUUUCAUUGUCACCAACGGGCAGAUACCCUCCUGGCUAAACCUUGACAAUCCCCGAGUGACGAUCGUUACACACCAGGAUGUUUUUCGAAAUCUGAGCCACCUGCCUACCUUUAGUUCACCUGCUAUUGAAAGUCACAUUCAUCGCAUUGAAGGGCUGUCCCAGAAGUUUAUCUACCUGAAUGACGAUGUCAUGUUUGGGAAGGAUGUCUGGCCAGAUGAUUUUUACAGUCAUUCCAAAGGUCAAAAGGUUUACUUGACGUGGCCCGUGCCUAACUGUGCUGAGGGCUGCCCAGGUUCCUGGAUUAAAGACGGCUAUUGUGACAAAGCGUGCAAUAAUUCAGCCUGCGACUGGGAUGGCGGUGAUUGCUCUGGUAACAGUGGAGGGAGUCGCUAUGUUGCAGGAGGUGGUGGUACCGGGAAUAUCGGACUUGGACAGCCCUGGCAGUUUGGUGGAGGAAUAAACAGUGUUUCUUACUGUAAUCAAGGAUGUGCCAACUCCUGGCUCGCUGAUAAGUUCUGUGACCAAGCCUGCAAUGUCUUGUCUUGUGGGUUUGAUGCUGGUGACUGUGGACAAGAUCAUUUUCAUGAGCUGUAUAAAGUAACUCUUCUCCCAAAUCAGACUCACUAUGUUAUUCCAAAAGGUGAAUGCCUGCCUUAUUUCAGUUUUGCGGAAAUAGCCAAAAGAGGAGUUGAAGGUGCCUAUAGUGAUAAUCCAAUAAUUAGACAUGCGUCCAUUGCCAAUAAGUGGAAAACCAUUCAUCUCAUCAUGCACAGUGGAAUGAAUGCAACCACAAUACAUUUUAAUCUCACGUUUCAAAGUAUGAGUGAUGAAGAGUUCAAAAUCCAAAUAACAGUAGAGGUGGACACAAGGGAGGUACCAAAACUGAAUUCUACGACCCAGAAGUCUUAUGAAAAUUUGGUUAGCCCCAUAACACUUCUUCCAGAGGCAGAAAUCCUUUUUGAGGAUAUUCCUGAAGAAAAACGCUUCCCAAAGGUCAGGAGACAUAAUGCUAACUCAACAGGGCGAUUCCAAGAGGAGGUAAAAAUUCCCCUCGUGAAUAUUUCACUCCUUCCAAAAGAGGCCCAAUUGACUCUCAGUAAAUUGGAUUUGCAGCUGGAACAGGGAGACAUCACUUUGAAAGGAUACAAUUUGUCUAAGUCAGCUUUGCUGAGAUCAUUCCUGAUGAAUUUACAAGAUGCUAAAGUGAAAAUAAAUCAAGCUGUAGUAACAGGUAAAAUAAAUGGCAUUUUGGAAGCCCCACAAGAAAAAAAAGUUGACAAAAACAUCUUGCAAAAGAGCACAGAAGUAUAUGAAAAUCUACAGAGGUCGACUUUUCCUGUAGUGACAAUGAAAGUAAACAGUCACUAUCAGGGUCCAAAUCCAUCCCUGAAUUUGGAGACCAAAACAACGUUUAGAUCAGAAACUCAGACCCAGCAAGUAGUAGGCAAGGAUGUCUCAGAAGAAAAGCUCUCAUCUCUGAUUGUUCCACUGGAAAACCUUGUGGCAAAAGAAAAGAAAAUCACAGAGAAAGAAGAGAGAAACAGACUGGAGGAAAAUGCUAAAAAUCUCACAGGUGUUAAUAGCAUAUUACCUGGAAGAAAGCUGCAGCAUUACACAGAAAGUUACGUGGGUUUUUUGCCAUGGGAGAAAAAAAAAUAUUUCCAAGAUCUUCUUGAUGAAGAAGAGUCACUGAAGACACAAUUGGCAUACUUUACUGAUAGCAAACAUACUGGAAGGCAACUAAAGGAUACAUUUGCAGAUUCCCUUCGAUAUGUAAAUAAAAUUCUAAAUAGCAAGUUUGGAUUCACAUCUCGAAAAGUCCCUGCACACAUGCCUCACAUGAUUGACCGGAUCGUUAUGCAAGAACUGCAAGAUAUGUUUCCUGAAGAAUUUGACAAGACAUCAUUUCACAAAGUACGCCAUUCUGAGGAUAUGCAGUUUGCCUUCUCUUAUUUUUAUUAUCUUAUGAGUGCAGUUCAGCCACUGAAUAUAUCUCAAGUCUUUGAUGAAGUUGAUACAGACCAAUCUGGAGUUUUGUCUGACCGAGAAAUCCGAACACUGGCUACCAGAAUUCAUGACCUACCUUUAAGUUUGCAGGAUUUGACAGGUCUGGAACACAUGUUAAUAAAUUGCUCAAAAAUGCUUCCUGCUAAUAUCACUCAGCUAAACAAUAUUCCACCAACUCAGGAAGCAUACUAUGAUCCCAACCUGCCACCAGUUACUAAAAGUCUAGUAACCAACUGUAAACCAGUAACAGACAAAAUCCACAAAGCAUAUAAGGACAAAAACAAAUACAGAUUUGAAAUCAUGGGAGAAGAAGAAAUUGCUUUUAAAAUGAUUCGUACCAAUGUUUCUCAUGUGGUUGGCCAGUUGGAUGACAUAAGAAAAAACCCCAGGAAAUUUGUUUGCCUGAAUGACAACAUUGACCACAAUCAUAAAGAUGCCCAGACAGUGAAGGCCGUUCUCAGGGAUUUCUAUGAAUCCAUGUUCCCUAUACCUUCCCAAUUUGAACUGCCAAGAGAGUAUCGAAACCGUUUUCUUCAUAUGCACGAGCUGCAAGAAUGGAGGGCAUAUCGAGACAAAUUGAAGUUUUGGACCCAUUGUGUACUAGCAACAUUGAUUAUGUUUACUGUAUUCUCGUUUUUUGCUGAACAGUUAAUCGCACUUAAGCGGAAGAUAUUUCCCAGAAGGCGGAUACACAAAGAAGCUAGUCCUGAUCGAAUCAGGGUAUAGAAGAUCUUUAUUUGAAAAUCAUCUACCUCAGCCUUUACUGAGCAUUUUAAACCUCAGCUUCACAGAGGUGUCUUUGCAAUAUGAUGCGUAACCAACUCGGCCUAAAGAAGGAAAAGCAUCCAGUACCAUGUGUACUGUUUUGUGGUGUGAAAAUAGUCCAUUGACCAAGAAUUAUUUAAACCAACACACUGAGAAAUCAUGUGUUGAACAGCCUGAACUGGUUUUACUUUUAAAAUAUUGCUUACGGACCCGUCAUCCUCUUUAUAAAAAGGCUCAUUGAUGAGACACAGACAGAGCUGCUCAUUUCCCACAGCAAUCACUGCAGACUAACUUUUAUAUGAGAAGCUUAGGCCAGCUUGAGAGCAACUGUUAAGAGGUCCCAGUCUUUGCAUUCCAAAGCCUUUUGCUAUAGAUUUAUGGUGUUUCUCCCCUCUUUUUUUCCAGUUCCUGUUUUCAAAAUAAGUAGUUAUGAAGUUAACUAGCUUUUUGCUUCUGAAAAUAACAAAUGGGGAUGUCUAGACAUGUUUUUAUUGGCAUUAUUAAAAUAAUGCAGCGAUAUCACUUCCUAUUGACAAUAACUAAAUUAUAGAUUUUAUUAAUGUUUAAAACUCUUUAAAGUGGUCUUAGGCCACAAAUAACUACUGAGGAGCUCACUGACUGACAUGUGAACUUUGCACUUGUUUCUUCAGUCCCUAAGACUACUGGGAUGUUGUGUACAGGCCUAAUUGUAAAGGGCUAAAGUUAAGUAGCAGUGCUACUUACCAGAUGUAAUUAUGUUUUGAAAUGUACAUAUUCAAAACAGAAGUGCCUCAUUUUAGAAAUGAGUAGUGCUGAUGGCGCUGGCACAUUACAGUGGUGUCUUGUUUAAUACUCAUCAGCAUAUUCAUAGCUAUCUCUCACCAUUGGUUUUGUAUUGUACAGUGGUCAGCAAACUGUUUCUGUAAAAGGCCAGAUAGUAAGUAAUAGCAAGCUGCAUGGGUCUCUGUCACAUAUUCUUCCUGUAGUUUUGUUUAGUGAGUUACUUUUUGUUUUGUUUUUAAUAGCCCUUUAAAAUGUAAAAACCGUAUUUAGCUUGCAGCUGUGCAAAAGCAGGCCAUCAGCUGGAUUUAACAUAUAGGCCAUCAUUUGCUGACCAUUGAGAAUUAGUAUUUUUACAUUUGGGUAAACCCUGAUGUUCAGCCAUAUUUUGUUUAUGUCAUUAUACAAUAGACUUGUGGAGACCCGAUUCCAUGGUUCCUUUUUGAACUGUAACAGGUAUUUUAGAUCAUGAUCUCAACAGUAUUCUUUAAAAAUGGCACACAUUUUGUAAAAAGAACUUGAAAUGUAAAUACUGUAUUUGUGCUGUGAGAGUUAAGUAUUUCAAAAUCUGAAGUCUCAUAAAAUGUUAAAUUUU